CCUGGGCGUGCGAGGCUCCGGGGAGCUGGCCGCCGAGCAGCACCCUCACACUCUGCGGGAGCCGCGCUGACCGCUGCGAAGCUAGGUCCCGCGCCCGCGCGCUCAUUGGCCGGCACGUGCGAGUUCGCCCUCUUCUCCCGAACGCUGCUGCGCGCCCGGUGCCAUCAAGCCGGAACGCUUCGCUCAGGCCACCGAGUGAACGGACACGCAGCUCCUGGGCGGGACUGUGGAGGCCGAGGGGCGCGCUUCGCUGCCCCCCCAGCACCCGGGCCUCCUCCCGCCCCGGCCCGCCCCUCCUCCACCGCCCCAGCCCCCACCGCCCCGGGGCAGCCGCGCGCCGGGCGGGGCGGGGGCGGGGCCGGGUGUCAGGCGGCGCCGGCCCAAAAGGCGGAGUCGCGCGGCGAAGGGGCCAGAGCUGUGAGCGCGGUGCCGAGUGCGCCGCGGAGAGAGCCAGCGGGAGCCCGGACCCCGAGGAGCCCCCGUGCCCGCCCGGCCCGGCCUGGCCCCGCGCUAUGGAGUUCCUCUGGGCCCCACUCCUGGGUUUGUGCUGCAGUCUGGCCGCUGCGGACCGCCACACCGUCUUCUGGAACAGUUCCAAUCCCAAGUUCCGGGAUGCGGACUACACCGUGCACGUGCGCCUGAGUGACUACCUGGACAUCAUCUGUCCGCAUUACGAGGACAACUCCGUGGCAGACACCGCCAUGGAGCGGUACACACUGUACCUGGUGGAGCAUGAGGACUAUCAGUUGUGCCAGCCCCGCUCCAAGGACCAAGUCCGCUGGCAGUGCAAUCAGCCCAAUGCCAAGCACGGCCCAGAGAAGCUGUCUGAGAAGUUCCAGCGCUUCACACCUUUCACGCUGGGCAAGGAGUUCAAAGAAGGACACAGCUACUACUACAUCUCGAAACCCAUUCACCACCAAGAAGACCAGUGCUUGAGGCUGAAGGUGACCGUCAAUGGCAAAAUCACUCACAGUCCUCAGGCCCACGCCAAUCCACAGGAGAAGAGACUCCCAGCAGAUGACCCAGAGGUGCAGGUUCUACAUAGCAUCGGUCACAGCGCUGCCCCCCGCCUCUUCCCACUUGCCUGGGCUGUGCUGCUCCUGCCACUUCUGCUGCUGCAAACCCACUGACGGUGUGCGCCCCAUCUGGCUCAAGGAUUGGAACUGGGCUGAGGGGGCAGGGACAGGUACCCUCACCUGUCCUGGGGCCCUUCCCGAAGCCCAGCCCUGGGAACCACUCCCACCACAUGCACAAGCUGCCACCCAGCAGCCUCAAAACGGGUCAGUAUUAAGGGUUUCAACCCAAAGGAAGUCAACCAGCCUGGCAGGGCAUUCCCUGCCUCCACCUCAGAGUGAUGGAGAAAGAAGUGGGGACAGCCCUUUCCCUGCCAACUGCUGCCUUUAAACCAAAGAAUCAAGCUGUGCAGACAUGACCCCUUAAGAAGGGCACCGUGGGAGCCGAGCUGGAAGGGCCUUGGACCCCUGCAACAUGGACGCCGAGCUUGGCCAAGAUGGCUCCACGCAGAGAGUCAGGAUGCCCAGGUGAACUGACCGAAGGAAAAGGGAGCCAGAUACAGGAGAGGCAGCCACGCUUGGGCUGAUCCUGUGUCUGCCAGCAGGACUUCCGCCUGUGGAGCUGCCAUGGAGAUGCGUAGCCAGGCACUGCCUUGUGCCCAGCCUGGGGCAGCACUCCCCAGAGCUGGGCCAGCAGGGGGCUGUGCCAACCUGUUCUUAGAGUGUAGCUGUGAGGGCAGUGCCCGUGUGUAUAGUCUGCCUAGAGUGUGGCAGGGCCCACAUGUACAGUACCUGUAUAUAGACUCGCCGCGUGUCUGUAAUUUCUACAACUGGAGGUUUUUUUUUUAUACAAUGUUCUUUGUCUCAAAAUAAAUGUGUUUGGUUUUUUGGA